CCUCCUCACUCUCUCUCCCGUCUGCAGAUUUAACACGGCUCAGAGCGGAGCUGGUGGUCACUGUCGUGCCCUGGAUUGUAGCAGAGAGCGACACAGACAGAGCGCAGUCCUCCUGCAGCCCGUUAGCCCACCACCAUGGAUGUCAAACUGCUGGCGCUGAUGGCUGUCCUGGCCGUGGCCACACAUGUACCAGCCUCCAACGCAAAGCCCAUCAGCCUGGUCGAGCGGUGCUGGUGUCGUUCCACCCUCAACACGGUUCCUCAGCGGUCAAUCAAAGAGCUCAAGUUCCUCCACACACCCAACUGCCCCUUCCAAGUCAUUGCCAAGCUGAAGAACAACAGGGAAGUUUGCAUCAACCCAGAGACCAAGUGGCUGCAGCAGUACUUAAAGAACGCUAUUAACAAGUCUUCUGAACCUCUCUCCAGGGUGAAGAAAAACAGAAGACGCAAUAACAAGAAAAACUAAACACCAGGGAAGACGUGUGUCGUCGGACCUGGCAUCUCGGGUCGAGCCUGUAUACCUCCCUGUCACUGCUAUGGAUGUAUGUAAACAUGCUGUAUGUGCCUGUCCGCCUCUAUGGACCGCUUGCAGAACCAGCACUUCACCACCAAACUGUGCCAUCCCCAGCACCGCCACCAGUCCCUCUGGACACCCACACAGUCACCUCCAACUCUCCGUGUUAGUACCAAGUGCAGUUAUACCUGUAGAUUCAUGCUGAUGUCAGACAUGUGUGUGAGUGCUGGGGGGGUGAGAGAGAGAGAGGGUCAGUGAGAAAGAGAGAGAGGGUGAGAGAGAAAGAGAGAGGUAGAGAGAGAGAGAGAGAGAGAGAGAGGGAGAGAGGGAGAGAGAGGGGGGAAGGGAUGGAGGGAGAGAGAGAACAUGAACUAACUCUGAUUGUAUGCCUGUAUCUACUAUUAAAGGAAAUUACUACUAUAUAUAAAGGAAAUUAUUUGAGCUUUUGGUCCCACACACAAAGCUUUAUGGGUAAUGCUUCCUUCACUUCCUGUCAAAUUAGUGCUGAAACAUUCAUAUAAGCUUCCUCUGAGGACUUUGCUGGCAGCUUCUGUCUAAAUUGCCCAAGUGUGGCUUGGCAACCUCUAUCAGUCAAAAAAGUGAAAUUACCAGUUAUAUUUACAGAAGUACCAUAUACUUAAUUCCACUUUUAUGGCGUUCUGGAAAGCCUGAAUUCUACUUUUUAUUGUUGAUCUUAUAUUCAUUAAACACAGACAAUUGAGAUGGUGGUGCUCAAAACUUUAAUGUGAUAACUUUAUGUGACAUGAGGUGAAUUUGGCAUUACUCCACGCAUGUGGGCUCAUGUGGCAGACACAGAGAGGCUGGCCAACGAGGUCACAAGCAGUGACCAAUCAGGACAGGCCAUGCUACAGCAGUGUCUUGAACUGUCUUCAAGCAUCAGGAACGAGAACAUGUGGAAGCUCACACACACACACUGCAAAAAACAAGCACUGAUCUCAUGGUGCUAUAUGUUCAGUAUAAGGGGUCAGAGCUAUCAACACUAUAUUAAGUGUGUUUCACUGUUAAUUUUAUGCAAGAUUUAAGAUGGGAUGUUGUGACCUUUGUGUGUUAAAUGAAACACACUUGUUUGUUUUUUGGGGGUGUUUUUGUAUUUUUUUAUUUUAUUUCUUUUUUUUUUUUUACUCAUCAUAAAAUACUUUAAGCGCUGUUGUUAGAAUCUGAUAAAAAAAAAAAACGGGGAAAUGGAAAGUUGUUUUGACGAGGUCAUACUGUGCUCACAAAGACUAUAAGGAAGUGGAACAAACACUUGCCAGAGCAGCUUUUUUAUUAGUUGAACAUAUCAGUAAACAGAGACUAAAUAUUUACUCAGUAAAACAUGCAACAUGAAGAAACCCAUGAACCUCAGAAAGCGUAACAUUGAUUUUUGCAAAUAGGUAGAUGAGCAUCUUAAUUCUUAAUUUUUUACAUCAAAGGGACCAGAUAAAUUUAUACCAUGACGACAGAGCAAUUCAACCGCAGUGUUUUCACACCAACACCUGUCCUUGGUAGGAAUGAAAAGCUGAUAAAUUGUCACAUAAAAGCCGAAUGAUAAAUGACACAAAGGGAAUGUUCAUGGUGGUAAAAUGUUGUUUUUUGAUUCUCCUUUAUAUAUAUAUAUAUAUAUAUUUGAGCCACUUUAUUAUCAGAUGUGUCUUUUAAAGGUCAUUUUUUUAUUUUUAUAUUGUGUAUAAUCUUACUAGAUGCUUUUUUAAUGCAGUGUACAGUAGGCAGUAGAUACUAAAUGAAGGCUCGUCCAUAAAAUGCAAGAAAACAGUAUUAAGCUUCAUUUUUAAGGCUUCAUGUAAUAUGUCACACACGUAAUGGUUUGUUUGCAAUAUGUUACACAAAGUAUGCAAUAUGUUCCUUUAACAAAGGAAUGAAACAUUAUUUUUUUAUCUUAUCUUUUGUUUUUUUAAAUGUGGAUAAAUCAUCCAUGACAAAUUACACUUUGCGCUCCUGGUUUGUUGUUCCCUCCGUACUGUUUCCCUAUCAACCAAUCUGAUGAAACAAAGGUGAACUGUCCAACACACAGUGACUGAAAACAAAAGCUGCUGUCAUUACAUGAGUCAGGAAACUAUUCAGCUCAGCCCACCAGUCGUCCCCAUCGAACACUUGAUUUGAUUUUUUUCUUAUAGUUUUACUGAGGUUGAUGUAUGAUGUGUCAAUAGAGCCACUGAGCCAAAGCAGAACAAAACCUUUGAGUCGAGAUCCAAGCGACCAACAUGUGCUUUCAAUCUGGACACUCCCAGCACCCCAUGGGCUUUCUUUUCAAUCUCACUCAGCUGCUGCCAUGCCGCAGAAUUAGAGCCCCUUUUCUUCCCGAAAACUGAAAGUGCUGGUGCUUGUGGUCAUUGUCAUGGACUUACGUUGUGUUUGGUUUUGCAUGGUCUAUUUGCUGAGUGCCUGAUUACAGGUAAUAAUCAUAUCAGUUCGCAGCCAAUGUUGCAAUAAUCCUGUAUGUGUAAUUUAUUUCCCAUCAGUGUAAUAGAUGUUAAUGGACACUAAUGUUAUAUUAUUACACUAAUUUGUUUAAGUACAUUGUUAAAUAAGCUCAAACGUUCAUGUUUCCAAAAGGACUGACAUGCAGUGAAUAUCUAAUUUAAUUCGUUGUGUAAAUAUGUUACAAAACUGCCACCCUUCCCCAAAUAAUUUAAUUAACAAUAGAGUUAUAAGUAGAAAAAAGAUGCGAUGUUACUUCUGUAAACAUUCUAAUGCAUUAUAUGGUAAAUAUCUCGCUAACAGGAAAAUAUAUAUUGUAUUAGUUGUAGAAAAACCACACUGCUAUUUCUUUGUUUUAAUACUGAUUUCUGUUAAUGAAUUAGUUUAAUUAAUCAGACUCUCCUGUUCAGUACUGUGGCUCCUGUGGCAACAUUUAACACAUCAGACAAAUAUAUGGACUCCUUUAUCAUCAUGCAAAUAGAGCUUCUACAGGGAAUUUUUCAAUGUGGACCAGUUACAGGAUCAGAUUCGCCUUUACUCACCAUCAGUGUGUGUAUUAAUCGAAUUAAUCAAAGUGGGUGCAUGUGUUCUUCUUUGGACCCCGAGACAAUGUGAAAUAAUUUUAUUCCUUUUGAGGCAGCUUCUGACACAUACUCUUCAUAUACAUGAGAUGUAUUAGGAGUGUAUUACUCUCUGUAUUGUCACUGUAAACCAAGAGGCAGUAUUUUAGCUAUGAUACCUAAGCCCUUUUUCAAUAAAGUUGUAUGAAACAAAAUCA